GCGGGGCCGUUGCUAGGGGAGGAGCGCCGGCGGCCUGCAGCUCCGGGGGCGCAGGGGCGCGCAGCGCUCUCUCGCUCCUUCUUCGGCGCCGCCUGUUGCUCGCAGCUCCUGGCCGCAGCUUCCCGCCGAGUGCCCGGGGAUAGGUGGCCCGAGAAGGUGCCCGCGCGUGGGCACUCACCGGCCUUCCCGCACCCCCUGCUCCCGAGUGAUCAGAGUCCUCAAGAGUACGCCCGCCGCGAGCCUCCCGUCGCACCCAGGACCGCGCCUCGAGAGCCGGGCGCCGCGCAGCGCCACCCCGCGAUGAACGCGACCUUCCUGAACCACAGCGGCCUGGACGAGGUGGGCGGCGUGGGCGCGGGCACCGGGACGGCCCUGGGGAACCGCAGCCACGGGCUGGGCACGUGGCUAGACUGCUGCCCGGGGGGCGCGCCGCUGACCGCCAGCGAUGGGGUCCCCGCGGGGCUGGCUCCGGACGAGCGCAGCCUGUGGGUGUCGCGCGUGGCGCAGAUCGCGGUGCUCUGCGUGCUGUCGCUCACCGUGGUCUUCGGCGUUUUCUUCUUGGGCUGCAACCUGCUCAUCAAGUCCGAGAGCAUGAUCAACUUUCUGGUGGAGGAGCGCCGGCCCUCCAAGGACGUGGGCGCCGCCAUCCUGGGGCUGUACUGAGCGCCGGCCCGCAGCUGUCGCCGGCCGAGGAAAGAAGGGGCGCCCGGAACCUCGCCCCCUCUCGGCUCGGCCGCCGCCUCCGAGUGAGCGACGCGCCCGCCCGGGUGGGUGCUGGGCGUGGACACCGCGGGACAGUGCGGCGGAGGCGCGGGAAGGGACUCGCGCACCGGCGCGGUUCUGUGUACCUUCGGCGUGGGGCGGGAGGAUGAGGGUUCUUAAGGGUUUUUUGUUUUUGUAAAAAAAAAAAAGAAGAAGAAGAAGAAGAAGAAGAAAGAAGAAAAAGAAAGUUCGGGACAGGUGGGCGUGAGUGGCGUGCAGUGUCUGGCAGAGGGCACUCGCGUGGGGGUUUUGUGUGUUUUUGGAGGGCGGUGUGAGCGCGGUGAGCAGAGUGGGCGGGAGCUGUGAAGAAUCAGAGUUGCUGAGCUUGUUGGCCUGAUUUUGCAUCUGAAGAGCAAUUUUGUAAUAAAAAGGCAAUCGUUGAGUUUC